AUGCAGCUCAAGACACAGGUCGCCGGCCUGGUUGCGGCCCUGGCCCUCCCCAGCCUCGGUGCCGCUGCUCGCAACGACACUGGCUUCCCGCCCGAUGAGGACGGCAAGUACUGGAUCCAGAGUGAGGUCAUGAAGAUUGGCUUUGUCCCCUACGGCGCGUCCAUCUCGGACCUGCACAUCAAGGACAAGUACGGCGUCACCCGCGACAUUGUCGCCGGCUGGGACAAUGCCACCUACUACACGCUCGACGAGCAGCACCCCAACUACGGCGCCGUCCCCGGACGGUAUGCCAACCGCAUCAAGAACGGCACCUUUGAGAUUGACGGCGAGAAGUACCAAGUCUCUCUCAACGACAACCCCACCAAGGAGCACCCCGACGGCCUCGACACCCUCCACGGUGGCAAGGACGGCUGGGGCUGGCGCAACUUCACCGUCGAGGCCCACACCGACAGCACCGUCACCUUCAAGAUUGUCGACCCCAACGGCAAGGAGGGCUUCCCCGGCGAGGUCAUCUCCUACGUGACCUACACCGUCAACGGCAGUGACUGGGACAUUAGCAUGGUCGCCCUGGCCACGACCAAGAAGACGCCCAUCAUGCUCAGCAGCCACGCGUACUGGAACCUCGACGGCUUCGCCAACAACGAGACGAGCCUCGCGCUCAACCACACCCUGCACCUGCCCUACAGCGGCCAGCGCGUCGCCGUCGACAACAUCCUCAUCCCGACCGGCGAGAUCCUCGCCAACGAAAAGGGCAGCGCCAACGACUUCUGGUCCAAGCCCAAGCAGCUCGGCGCCUCCUUUGACGACGACGAGCUCGAGGGCAACUGCGGCUUCGGCUGCAAGGGCUACGACAACUGCUACUCGGUCAACCGCCAGCAGCUCGGCAACUACGACUGGCGCACGCACUCGCCCGUCGCCGUCCUGCACUCCAACUGGUCCGGCAUCGGCAUCGAGGUUUACUCGGACCAGGACGCCUUCCAGAUCUACUCGUGCAACGGCCAGGACGGCACGCUCGCCCUCAAGCAGUCGCAGGGCAUCGACGACGACGAGGACUUCCCCCGCACCAUCCCCCAGUACGGCUGCGUCGUCAUGGAGGUCGAGGACUACAUUGACGGCAUCAACAACCCCGCCUGGUUCCGGGAGAAGAAGCAGAUCUUUGGACCCGGCGACGACCCGUACGAAGAUCGCGCACAGACCGACCUGGGCAUCGCCGCCGAUAUCGAAGAGGCGCAACGCCACGAAGAAGCCCUGGAAUCUCAACCACCCGCAGAGCCAUCAGUACCAGUACCUUCAGUGAGCGGGACCCAGCCGCCGCCAAAGUCAGGAGAGAACGUCGUCAGGCAACCAAAGAAGCGCUUCGUCGGGCGGAGAACGGCAGCUGAGGCUUCCUCCAAGGCGACGGAUGGCGGCGCGGGUGGUGAAGCUGGAGCCGUUGGGCCUGCCAAACCCCGGCGUGCCCCCCGUUUAUUGAAUCAGGUGCCCAAGGAGAUCACAGAGGAUCCGAACCUCAAGGCUGCCGUUGCUAUCCUCCCCGCCAACUACUCCUUUGAGAUCCCCAAGACGAUCCAUCGCAUCCGUACGUCGGGGGCUACCAAGGUGGCCCUCCAGAUGCCCGAGGGCCUCCUGCUCUUCGCCACCACCAUCUCCGACAUCCUCACGCAGUUCUGCCCGGGCAUCGAGACGCUGAUCAUGGGGGACGUCACCUACGGCGCCUGCUGCAUCGACGACUACACCGCCAGGGCCCUCGGCUGCGACCUGCUGGUGCACUACGCCCACAGCUGCCUCAUCCCCGUCGACGUCACCAAGAUCAAGACGCUAUACGUGUUCGUGGACAUUAGCAUAGACACCUCACACCUCCUCGCAUCACUGGAACGGAACUUUGCCUCGGGCAAGACGAUUGCGGUCGUCGGGACGAUUCAGUUCAACGCGACUAUCCACGGCGUCCGGAGCAGCCUCGAGCGCGCCGGCUUCCAGGUCCUCGUCCCCCAGAUCGCACCCCUCAGCAAGGGCGAGAUCCUGGGCUGCACCUCGCCCAAGCUCCACACCGACGACAACAUUGACCUGAUCCUCUACCUCGGCGACGGCCGCUUCCAUCUCGAGAGCAUCAUGAUCCACAACCCUUCCAUACCCGCCUACCGAUACGACCCGUACUCGAGGAAGCUCACCCGCGAGACGUACGAGCACGACGAGAUGUACACGCUCCGGCGGACCGCCAUCGCCACCGCGCGCAAGGCCCAGAAGUGGGGUCUCAUCCUGGGCUCCCUCGGCCGCCAGGGCAACCCGCACACGCUGACGCUCGUCGAGAAGAGGCUGCGCGAGCGCGGGAUACCGUUCAUCAACCUCCUCCUCAGCGAGAUCUUCCCGGGCAAGCUGGCCCUCAUGAGCGACGUCGAGUGCUGGGUGCAGGUGGCGUGUCCACGGUUGAGUAUUGACUGGGGGUAUGCGUUUCCUCGGCCGCUGCUGACGCCGUACGAGGCGCUGGUUGCGUUGGAGGAGCGAGAGGGCUGGGGCGAUGGUCCGUAUCCUAUGGAUUACUAUGGGCGGGAAGGGUUAGGAAGGACCAAGGCGAUAUCGGUUGGUCCAGAGUGA